UUGCGGCUCAGUCUGUGUGUGUAUACGUCUAGUGCAGCAGCGAUAUUUAACAAUGCUCCUCAACAAGGUUUUCAGAGCCAGUGUGCGGUCUGGGAUCCGGCUGCAGAGACACAGUUCUGCUUCAGCCGGCGUUGAAACGUCUCAAUCAGGCCAAUCAGCAUCCCUCGGCUUCUCGUUUGAGUUGACAGAUGAGCAAAAAGAGUUCCAACAGCUGGCGAGGAAGUUUGCCCGUGAGGAGAUCGUCCCCGCUGCAGCUGCUUAUGACAGGAGUGGAGAAUAUCCUAUGCCCAUCAUCAAGAAAGCAUGGGAGCUUGGUCUGAUGAACGGUCACAUUCCACAGGACUAUGGUGGAAUGGGCUUGUCAAUCUUUGAUAACUGCCUCGUCACAGAGGAGUUGGCUUAUGGCUGCACCGGAGUACAGACGGCUAUUGAGGCUAACUCUCUGGGACAAAUGCCUGUUAUUAUAGCUGGCAGUGAAGCACAGAAGAGGAAAUACCUGGGGAGGAUGACUGAGGAGCCCCUUAUGUGUGCAUACUGUGUGACAGAGCCUGGGGCGGGCUCUGAUGUGGCCGGCAUCAAGACCCGAGCUGUAAAGAUGGGCGAUGAAUACGUUGUUAACGGGCAGAAGAUGUGGAUCACCAAUGGUGGGAAAGCUAACUGGUACUUCCUCCUGGCCCGCACUAACUCGGAUCCGAAAGUUUCAGCAGGCAAGGCUUUUACUGGCUUCAUUGUGGACGCUGACACUCCAGGAAUUCAAAUAGGAAGAAAGGAGAUGAACAUGGGCCAGAGGUGCUCCGAUACCAGAGGCAUCACCUUUGAGGAUGUGAGGAUACCGAAGGAAAACGUCCUGAUUGGAGAGGGAUCUGGCUUCAAGAUUGCCAUGGGUGCUUUUGACAACACCAGGCCACCAGUGGCAGCAGGAGCGACAGGCCUGGCACAGAGGGCCCUUGAAGAAGCUACCAAUUAUGCACUAGAGAGGAAGACCUUUGGCAAAGCUAUUGCUGAGCACCAGGCCGUGGCCUUCCUUCUGGCUGAGAUGGCCAUGAAGGUGGAGCUGGCCAGGAUGGCGUACCAGCGCUCCGCCUGGGAAGUGGACCAGGGCCGCAGAAACACCUACUAUGCCUCCAUCGCCAAGGCGUACGCUGGAGACAUCGCCAAUCAGGUGGCCAGUGAUGCCGUUCAGGUAUUCGGAGGCAACGGCUUCAACAGCGAAUACCCGGUGGAGAAGCUGAUGAGAGACGCCAAGAUCUACCAGAUCUACGAGGGCACAGCUCAAAUCCAAAGACUCAUUAUUUCCCGCGAGCACCUGGGAAGAUACAAGAAAUGAACUCUGCACACCUGACUUGUCCUCAUUCAAAUGUACUUUCUUUUAACUUUUCUACACAUAUUACAUGUGUAGCUGGAAAUAGAUACAGAUACAUAGUUGCAAAAGUGUUGUUUGGUUAGAAAUAGUAAAGGAUAUUCUAUUUCUAUGAUUGUUGUUUGCCUUAACAGCGUUCAGAGUUUGGCUUUUCAAUCUGAUGCAGACCCUGAAUUGGUGGACAGCUUCCUAAUCAGAACAUCAACAACACCUGUCCAACUUUAAAAAAACGUUUUUUCCAAAUGCAGCUCAGAACGUCGGCCUUAUUUCAUGACUUCGUUGAGUUGUGGAUCCACACGUUCAGGAUAAAGAUCACAUGACCUUGUCUCGUCAGGCUUCACCAUCUGUAGGUUGUAAAUAAUUGCUGCUUGGAACCAACACCGCUGCUUUUGAUAGAACUCUGGAUUUUAAUCUGUUGAGUUGUUUAUAUGAGAUAUAACAGUUUGGUUUUCUGUUUGAGGGCAAGUUGAUGAUGAUUAACCAAGCAGAACAAAUUACAUCUAUAUCUGUACAAAUGCAUUUUUCACCCGGAUGUGAUGAAAACACAGGACUGUCUGUCUAAUGAUUUGUUUAACAACUGUAGAAAUGCAUGUUGUCUGAAAAUGUUUUCUCUGUUCGAGACAUUGAUUUGCAUCUACUCACUCCUGGUGGUAUUUUAUGUUAAUUAAACAUAAUAUCAUGUUACAUAAAUUCAGCAAUUCAUCUGCCUUCACAGCCUCGUUGUGUAUAUGCAAGGGUUAUUUAUUGUCAUUGUGCAACACAGGGAUGCACCACAUAUUUCAGUUGUAGCCUAUUUUCAAUGCAACAAACCCAUGGAAAAACAAAACAAAAACAGUGGUAAAGUCCUGUAGUGCAUUUUUGUAUUUGCGUCACAAGAAAUGUAAACAGCAGCAACAUAAACUGUUCUCUGAGCAGAUAAUAUGGCUGACAUCUUCACAUAAAAAAAAAAAAAAAUCAACUUUAGGAAAAACAUUGUCCAUUAA